UUCAUUUUUCCGUAUAGAAGACCAGAGGAAAAUUAAAUUUUGAAUUUUUUUUGAAACGAAACGGAAACGCGAUGAAUCCCAAAAUCCUAUUCGUGCUCGCUCUUCUUCUUAAUCUCGUGAUCAAUUCGUUCCAAAACCCUAACCCUAAAACCCCCAAAUCAACUCUUUCGCGGGCUCACGUGGAGCUCGUCAGCUACGGAUUACCCUCUGGUCUUCUUCCCGCCACAACCGUACUUGGAUACGCCGUGAACCGCACCACCGGUGAGUUUACCGUCAAGCUCGGUGGCGCGUGCAAAAUCACGCUCCCGCCGGACAACUACGUAGCCACCUACUCCAACACCAUCUCCGGGAAAAUCGUGCAGGGGAAAAUCGCCGAACUUGACGGAAUUAGGGUUCGCGCGUUCUUCAAGUGGUGGUCGAUCACCGGAAUCCGCUCCUCCGGCGACGACAUCGUCUUCGAGGUCGGCAUGGUCACGGCGAAGUAUCCAUCGAAGAAUUUCGAUGAUAGCCCCGCUUGCGAGGGUCAACACUCUUCUUCAUGAAAAGGGUAUUGGCUACUUAUUCUGAGUCUUGGUGUGUUAUGUAAUGGUGUCCACUAAGUGCAGAUAAUUUAAAGUCACUGCUGUUAUGUGUAAUAUUACAAAGCUUGUAAUACUUUUUACAUAGUCAUAUUUAUGCUGCAACGAAUCUACUUUAAUUUCACUUGAUGGUCACAAUACUCCUUCGACUCUUGAAUAAGGCCACUUUCUACGUUUCAUGUUCAAUAUUCUCUGCUAUCCAAUCUCUUUUCUUGCACUGUAAA